AUGCCUUUCAAAAACGCACUCCGCCGUCUCUCAAUAUUCCAUCGUUCGUCUGCGAAUCUCACAACGCUAAUGACAUCAUCGUCUAUGCACUCGCCACCUCAUGCUUCGCCCUCGCCCAUUCACUCUGCGUCUACAUCUGCGCUUCCGUCACCCUCGUCGCCCACGACAUCGUCAUCUUCAUCGCCACCCAUUCAACCUACUUCGGUUAUUCGCCGCCGCGCAUCCACUUCUGAAUCCCGUUCUCACUCCCAUUCGCGGGCUGAUUCUCCGUCCCGUCGUCGUUCUCGCUCGGCAUCUGUUUCGACAUGUUCUACGACUUCGCUGGAUUUACCCAACCCUUAUUCGAUUGAUAUGCAUAUCGAAUCGGAUGGUGAUAAUGUUACUCCCGUGGAUACGAAUGCGGACGAUUCAUUCUCUUUCGACGCCAAUAACUUCGCACAUAUUUCUACGUAUCUCAAUUCACCGCCGUCCGAACUCGACCACGCAAACAACACUCUUGCUGCUUCACACAACCUACCCAACAUCACUUUCGACGCUCCUCCGCUGGACAUGACCCUCACCAAUCCAUCCCACCGCACCGACGGCUCCGAAUCCACGUCAAUCGACGCCGACUCCGUCUCUGGCUUCCCAAACCCAUAUUCCAUCGACGGUCACGAACCACUGCCCGUCUCACAUCCUAUCCGUCGUCAAUCGAUGCAACCGUUUCAACUUGCGGCGCUUCUACCUCAACCGGUUCAAUAUCAAUCGCAACGUCCACGCGAUGAUCUCGAACGACGACGACGACGACAAUCGACGGCUGGGGCGUUGUCUGCGCGGGAAUUGGUGGCUGCUUUGCCUGUGCCGUUAUCGUUACCGUUACCUCUGUCUUCCUCUCCCUUUGGCCGGACCCGUGCGGUGUCGAUGUCGGCUUCGAACAUGGACGUAUUCGUGCCUUUUGAUUUCAACUUCGACCCGAAUACAGAUGCAGGAGCAGACUCGACCACGGCGGGAGGAGAGAGUUUGGUGGGAGGGGGAGAAGAGGAGAAGAGGUUGGCUGAGGAGGUGGCGGCGGGGGUGGCGGCUGCUACGGCCGGGAUGGGGUUGGGUAAGGCUGGGGAAGACGAGAACUUGGAUAAAGGGAAGGGGAAGGCUGUUGAGACUGAGGUGGAUGAGGCGGAGGAUGAGGAAAACGACACUAUAAGCCCGUUACCGCCCAAGGCUGUCGACCAAGGCGAAGGACUCGGGUUGGGUUUGGGAUCUGUCGGAGCCGGCGCCACCGCCACACCUCCUCCUGCACCCGCCCUUCCGGCCUCCUUGAUGCCAGGCCACCCGCAAUCGAGCACUCCCCCUGUGCUUUCGAGUGCCCCGGGGUCACCUUUAAGUAAGGAGGAGUUUGGUACACCGACUACGACCUCACCGACGACGGGUGUACCAUCGGUUGCGGCUCCAGAGCCCAUUGUGCCGUCGGUUUCGCCUCCUGCGACGAAUAUACCGUCGGUCAUGACUCCGGCCUCUGAAGUGAAUGCGACGCCGAUUAUAUUCGCGUCUACGACCCCGUCAGGCCCGAAGACGGGGAUUCAGACCGUCGGUAAGCCGGGGACUGAGACGACGCCUCCGCCGACUAUGAGGACCGAAACGGACACGACGGAGAAUGCGGAUAGGGAUAGGGAAUUGGAUGCGGAUGUCGAGCCUGCCGUCAAGAGCAAUGAGGUUCAGAUGACGGAGAAUGGUGCGAAAGGGAGAAACGGAGGAUACGUUCCCGCACCCGCUAUCGACCUCUCGGCAUUACAUCCCGACUCUUCACCUGACUCUGCGGAACCUGCACACAUCUCUCAUGAGGCUUCCGACACCACGCCCAUCCACCCAUCCUCUUCGACAUCGAAGGAUACCCACACUCCUUCAUCGUCCCACAGAGGCUCCAUCACCGAUAUCUCGCCUCCCAAGGACGCUAAUCCCCACUCCGACGAUAAAACCACUGCGCUCGCUUCCACUGCCGCUGCCGCGGCCACAACCUCUUCUCCCUCCAAACCCGCCAAAGAUCACGCUCCGCCCCCUUCCCAUUUCCUCCGCACAUCGUCUUCAUCUUCGUCGUCUUCGUCUUCUAGCUCCUCGUCUGACGAGGACAAGGGAGAUGGAGCUCGGUCACAUCCUACUACGCCGACUGGGGAACAGUUAGCCAUGGGGACGACGACGGGGACGACGACCGAGGGGAAUAUGACGGCUAGUCCGCCUUGGGCACAUAAUGCACCGGCGGCGGAUACUCCACAUCAUGACUCCGCACCGAGCGACUCGGACUGCAAGACCUCGAAAUCAUCCCAUGCUGACGGUCCGAACGGUGAGACGAAAGGGGAGGAGAAAGCGUCCACGAAUGCUGCACUCCAUGAGCGAGAGCAGGGCCAGCGCGAGCUUGACGUGCCGAGGAUCAAUCUGAAGGCACGGGAGUGGAAGACAUGGAAAGGAAUCGACGAUCGAACGAGUGCGGGGGACUAUGGCUCGCAUCACGCCGUGGGGAGGGAUGCGGACCGACAGAUGGCAGAUGGGGACGACGACGACGUUGAUGAUAUGGAGAAGGAGAGGGCGGCAGCGAGGGAGGAGAAGAUGGCGAAUGAGGCGGAUGAUGUGGAUCUGGGGGGCGAGAUUGGCAAGGGCGGGACGUGGACGAGGGCUGAUGGAAGUCAAGUGCCACCAUCAGGGCAGGGUAUCGAUAAGAGUGAUGAUUACGGCGAAGGUAAGGGCGGUGAGCAGCAGGAACACCCGGACCAGCAGUACAAGACGAAGGCACCGGACAGGGCACAAGAGGGCACGGCCAAGGCGGAGCGGGAUAAAGCGGAAGCUGACAAGCGGAAACGCGUACUUGAACGUGAACAGGAACGGGACGCGAAGGAGAGGGAGGCGAAGACGAAGGCGGCGUCGAUGGGGCCUCCCGGGGCGGCUGCGCUGGCUGGGGUGGGAGAGAAGGAUACGAAGGAGGAGGCGCCGGAGGGAUUGAAGGAUGGAGGGGCGCCGACGACGCCGCUUAAGAAGCCGAGGUUUAUGGAUCGGGUCAAGGGGGAGAUCAAGGCCUUGAGUGGAAAGUUUGGGGGCGAUAAGGCGAAGGCGGAGGAGGGGAAGAAGAUGGUUCAUGGUGAGUAG